UUUUCGUCACUUAUUUAUACACGCACACACCCAUUAUUAAAACCACUUCACUCUUUAUUUGCUUUUGCUUGAUUCUUGAGUAGUGCUGUGAUCAUGGCGAAUAGUGAGGUGAAACUGGUCGGUGCAUGGCCGAGUCCGUAUGUGAAUCGGGUUCAAAUCGCCCUCAACAUAAAGUCGGUGGACUACGAGUUUUGUGCCGAGCAAUUCGGCACAAAAAGUGAGCUUCUUCUCAAAUCCAACCCUGUUCUCAAGAAAAUCCCAGUUCUCAUUCAUGCCGACAAGCCAAUCUGCGAAUCACUCGUCAUUGUCCAGUACAUCGACGAGUACUGGUCCUCUGGUCCCUCCAUCCUUCCUUCCGAUCCCUAUGAUCGCGCCAUAGCUCGCUUUUGGGCUGCUUACGUCGAUGAUAAGUGGUUUCCGUCAUUGACUGGCAUAGGAAAGGCUCAAGGGGAGGAAGCUAAGAAAGCAGCCAUAGAGCAAGUGAAGGAAGAGUUGGUGUUGUUGGAGGAUGCCUUUGUUAAGUGCAGCAAAGGCAAGGAUUUCUUCGGAGGCGACUGUGUAGGGUACCUUGACAUUGCAUUUGGUUGCUUCUUGGGGUGGCUGAGAGUGACUGAGAAGAUGAACCAAAUGAAAUUGCUCGACGAGUCUACAACCCCGAGACUGGUCAAAUGGGCUGACAAGUUCUGCUCUGCUGCUGUUGUGAAGGAUGUAAUGCCGGAAACCGAUAAGCUCGUGGAGUUUAAGAUCCUCUUUGGCAAAUUUAAAGCCCCUCCUUCCAAUUAAAGAACAAUUGAGGUGAGGGGUGUAGGAAAAUAAUAUAUUUUGGAGGUAAUGUCGUCUUAGAAACUUUUUGAAGCACAUCCUAGUGUAUUAUGUUAUCCAUGUUUUGUCUAUUGAAGUGUUUCUGAUGUGGAAGAUGAGAAUAAUUAGAGAACACUAUUUGCUUUGAUGCAAUCUUGUUCAUGUACUCUUCUAUAUUGGUGUAGUUGUAUUGGGUGAAAAAGAAAAGCUCAUUUGAGAGACA